UGGAGUUUAGGGCUUGGGGCUUGAGCAAAAGAAGAAGGAGAUCCCAACAGCCACGUGGUCUGACGAGCGUGGCAUGUGACUUCAAUAAAAUAUCUAAUACCCAUUUCUUUUUCCUUUUUUUCAUAACUAAAUAAAUAGUAGUAAUAAUAUAUUGAGUUGAGAAACAACUGGCAUCUGGUUCACUCAGACGAAGAAGAAGAAAGGAAGAAAGGAAGAAGGAAUAAUGGGGUCGGAGUCGAAGAUGGUGCACUCACCAAUGAUCACAUACGCAUCAAUGCUAUCCCUUCUCUCUCUCUGCCCCCCUUUUGUUAUUCUCCUAUGGUAUACUAUGGUACAUGCCGAUGGAUCUGUACUGCAAACCUGGGAUUACCUAAGGCAGCACGGAGUUCAGGGAUUCAUCAAUUUCUGGCCUAAACCCACUGCAACUGCAUGGAAGAUCAUUGCUUGUUAUGGGGCUUUUGAGGCUGCUCUUCAGCUUUUGCUACCCGGUAAAAGGGUUGAAGGCCCAAUUUCGCCUACUGGAAAUAGGCCCGUCUACAAGGCUAAUGGUGUUUUAGCAUAUGCAGUAACGCUGAUUACAUAUCUUGGCCUCUGGUGGUUUGGAAUUUUCAACCCUACAAUAGUUUACGACCAUUUGGGAGAGAUAUUUUCAGCCCUCAUCUUUGGAAGCCUUGUCUUUUGUGUUUUCUUGUAUAUUAAAGGUCUGGUGGCUCCAUCUUCAACUGAUUCUGGUUCAUCGGGAAAUAUAAUUAUUGAUUUCUAUUGGGGAAUGGAGCUGUAUCCCCGUAUUGGCAAGAACUUUGAUAUCAAAGUUUUUACAAACUGCAGAUUUGGAAUGAUGUCGUGGGCUGUUCUUGCUGUGACGUAUUGCAUAAAGCAGUAUGAAACAUAUGGAACUGUGUCUGAUUCUAUGCUGGUUAACACGAUACUAAUGUUGGUGUACGUAACAAAAUUCUUCUGGUGGGAAGCUGGAUAUUGGAGCACAAUGGAUAUUGCUCAUGAUAGAGCCGGCUUUUACAUAUGCUGGGGAUGCUUGGUGUGGGUCCCAUCUGUGUAUACUUCUCCUGGCAUGUACCUUGUCAAUCACCCAGUAACUCUUGGAGUUCAGCUUGCUCUGUAUAUUCUUGUAGCUGGGGUUCUGUGCAUAUAUAUAAACUACGACUGUGACAGGCAAAGGCAAGAAUUUCGCAGGACAAACGGCAAAGGCUUGGUCUGGGGAAAAGCACCAUCUAAGAUUGUUGCCUCAUACACCACCACUACGGGUGAGACAAAAUCCAGCAUCUUACUUACAUCAGGAUGGUGGGGGUUAGCUCGUCACUUCCAUUAUGUGCCGGAAAUCUUGGCAGCCUUCUUUUGGACCCUGCCAGCUCUCUUUAACCAUUUUCUGCCUUACUUUUAUGUGGUGUUCCUUACAAUUCUUCUACUUGAUCGAGCUAAAAGGGAUGAUGAUCGAUGCAAAUCAAAGUACGGCAAAUACUGGAAGUUGUAUUGCGAGAAGGUCCCUUACAGAGUAGUACCUGGAAUUUACUGAGAACAAGGGAGGGAGGGUGUGUUGUAAUUUCGAGAUUGUAACAAAUGGAUCUUUCCAAUGUAACAUUAGCUUCACGUGUUUUGCAAUUAAACUGCCAUUUUUAAGUUAAGAGCUUCAUUUGAAUAAAAUUGCUAAUUAAUUAAAUUAAAUUUGUAGAG